AUGUCUUAUGAGCUGGAGUCAAAGAAGCGCAAGUUCCAUCGGAUCUUGGAUUCAAUAUCCAAACCUCAGCAAACCGACCCAGCCCCAACACCGCCUCCGGCGCAGCCCAUGACAGCGCGAGAGCGUGUCGCGGCCAACCUAUCGAUCAAGAAAGUCCGCCUAAGCAGCAACGAUCGCUCCGAGCUCGCAUCAGUGCGCAAUUCGACCCAGAAAAUAUCCAGACCUACGGACCGAACGCCAUCUACGUCUUCGGAUACCACAGCGUCCUCGAAUAAACGCCCGACCUUUGUUCCUUGGGAUCGCGAACGGUUCCUGGAGCGGCUAGAGACAUUCCGCCGGGUUGAUCGAUGGACUUCCAAACCGGCCCCGAUUAAUGAGGUACAAUGGGCAAAGCAUGGCUGGAUAUGUGCGGAUUCAAAGCGUGUCACUUGCGUCUCCGAAUGCGGCGGUUCAGUCGUUAUCAAACUUCCCGAAGAGAUCGAUGAACUUGAUGGAUUUGAUAGCGAGAAGGUGCAAGAGCGAAACGAAGUCCGCGCAACACUCGUGGAUCAGUAUGCAAAGAUGCUAGUUGAAAACCAUGGUGAGAGUUGCCCGUGGCGGCGAAAGAGCUGUGAUGCAACUAUUCAGCAUCUUCCGUUAACCAACACCGACACUGCCCUGACGGGGCUACACAACCGCUAUCUGAACAUUUUGAAGAUGGGGGAUAAGUUACCAACCGACGAUGUAAUUCAAGCUCUUGAGGAGCCCAACCUUGAUGUUAUUGCGAAAUUACUACCCGAAGAAUGGUUCAAAGAGGCACCACAGCCAGCUAAGACUGCAGCUGCCCCCACGACCGAGGACCAGGCGCCAAAUAACGGUGACCAAGAAUCAUCGGAGACUACGCUUUCACCCGCUGAUACUCCUCGCUCUGUCAAUCGAGCAGCCCUGGCACUGGCAUUAUUCGGGUGGGAUACAGCCUCCGAUGGAGCUGCCGGUUUAGUCGGAUGCAGUGCGUGCUUCCGUCGACUGGGACUUUGGAUGUACAAACCGAAAGACAACGGAGACGUCACGGUUUAUACAUCUCUGGAUGUGGCCAAUGAACACAUGGACUACUGCCCCUGGAUCAACAAGGUCGCUCAAAGCGGUACUGGUCGACCCAACGAGAAAGUGGAAAGGCUACGCGCUGGCUGGGAAUUUGUGGCAGAAGCCGUCAAAGUGAAGAACCGACGACGCAUGCGCUUUGUGAAAUCUUCAGAAAGUCUUCGCCCAGCCACGCCUGUAGAGGAAUAUCCUCUUGAAGACGAGGAUCCAGAGGCAAAGAAGAAAGCAGACAGUGAGUGGUGGACGAAAAUCCAGCGAGUGAGGCAGAUUUUGAAAAGCAGAACGCCGAAACCGAAACCUGCUACGUCUUGA